UCCAGCUACGUGGUCGACAUGGCGACCGACAAAAUACAACAAUAUUAGCUAUCAUAACAGCUGAAGGUUGAUGGCAUUUAAUUGGAAAUUGUCAUACCACAUACUGAGUGUUCAUAAUGUCUGAACAUUUAGAUGAAAAUUGAUGUUCGGAAUAGUUUUAUUUUAUUACAGUGGAAUCUGUCAGAUCUUUUGCAUCACUCUGUUUUUUCGAAAAGAAAACAAACCCCACGCGACAACACACUUUAAGAUCUUUGAAAAAGAAAGCGUCCGUCGAAGCUACAGUGCUUCCCCCAGAGACCUCCGUGGGUGACGAUGCCUGUGCAAGCGCCGCAAUGGACGGAAUUCCUGCUGUGUCCCAUCUGCACCCAGCUGUUCGAGGAGAGCCUCCGCAAGCCCAUCAGCCUGGGCUGCGGCCACACCGUCUGCAAGAUGUGCCUGAACAAGCUGCAUCGCAAGGCCUGCCCCUUCGACCAGACGGCUAUCGCCACCGACAUUGAGUUGCUGCCAGUCAACACAGCCCUGCUGCAGCUGGUGGGAGGACAGGUGCCCAAACGGCAGUCUACCACCUUGGUGACAGGGGCAGAGGACAUAGCCCACUAUGAGGAAGCCAGUGAGUGUGUGGAGGAGCUGGCUCAGUACCUGAAACCCCUGAGCAACAGCAGAGGUGUGGGGUUGAGCACCAGCAGCGCCCAGAGUUCUCUGAGUCGGCCCAUGCAGAGGAAGCUGGUGACCCUGGUGCACUGUCAGCUGGUGGAGGAGGAGGGCCGGGUGAGGGCCACGCGGGCGGCCAGGUCUCUGGGGGAGCGCACCGUCACUGAGCUCAUUCUGCAGCACCAGAACCCCCAGCAGCUCUCCUCCAACCUGUGGGCUGCAGUCAGGGCAAGGGGCUGCCAGUUUCUCGGCCCAGCGAUGCAGGAGGAGGCUCUGAAGCUGGUGCUUUUGGCUCUGGAGGACGGCUCCGCUCUAUCCAGGAAGGUCCUGGUGCUGUUUGUGGUUCAGAGGUUAGAGCCACGUUUCCCCCAGGCCUCCAAGACCAGCAUAGGCCACGUGGUGCAGCUCCUCUACAGGGCCUCCUGCUUCAAGGUGACCAAGCGUGAUGAGGACUCGUCCCUGAUGCAGUUGAAGGAGGACUUCUGGACGUACGAGGCGCUGCGGCGCGAACACGACUCCCAGAUCGUCCAGAUCGCAAUGGAGGGGGGCCUCCGCAUCGCCCCUGACCAGUGGUCUUCCCUGCUCUACGGGGACCAGUCGCACAAGUCCCACAUGCAGUCCAUCAUUGACAAGUUGCAGACGCCAGCGUCGUUUGCUCAGAGUGUUCAGGAGCUGACCAUCGCCCUGCAGAGGACAGGUGACCCGGCCAACCUGAACCGCCUGCGACCACACCUGGAGCUGCUAGCCAACAUCGACCCAAGUCCAGACUCCCCUCCCCCCACGUGGGAGCUGCUGGACACGGGCUUGGUGGCAGUGAAGACUGUGGUACACGGCCUGGUGGACUUCAUCCAGAACCACAGCAAGAAGGGGAGUGACCCACAACAGCCACCCCAGCACAGUAAAUACAAGACGUACAUGUGUCGGGACAUGAAGCAGAAGGGGGGCUGUCCUCGAGGAACCAGCUGCACCUUCGCUCACUCUCAGGACGAGCUAGAGAAGUACCGUAAGAUGAACAAGCGUCUGGCUGCCCGCCGGCCCCUCAGCCUAUCCCUGACGCAGCUGAACGAGGUUGGCCUAUUGCCCGAGGAGGUGGGGAUGCUGGAGGGGCUGGCACAUAAGGGCUUGACGAAUGGCAUGGUGGCGUCGGUCACAGGCUCCGCCCUGCCCCAGCUCAUCUCCCGCGGUGCCGACCCCUCCUACGAGCCGAUGAUGCGGAAGCCCCAGUCCCAGGGAAGCCUCAGUGCCCCCAGCUCUCCUCCAGACUUACUGGACCCUGUGCCCAAUCGGGCCAUGGCCCACCCCAGGAUGGCAGUGGACCACCUGGCCAUGCACAAGCAGAUGCCCAGGAGGCCCUCCAUGUACCCCCCUCAGCAGGGAGAACUCUUCUACCCCCCUGAGCCCAGGGCACCUCCAUCAGCCCUGCAGUAUGAGGCCUCCCAGAACGCCCCAGGUAACCCCCCCUACCCCUACCAGCCCUCUCAGUACCCACCCCAGCCUCGCUACGUCCGGAACCCCCCUCCCACCAACGACCCGGCCUUGCCCCCCUACCCCGGCACCUACCCCCAGGAGCGCCAGUGUCCCCCUCAGCCCUCGAGUUCCCACUUCUCCAAUGCCAACCCCCAAGGGUUUGCGCCUCCUCCGCAUUAUGACGGCCGUCGACACCCCGCCUACCCCCCUCCACCACCACACUCCUAUCCCCACCGGGAGGACCCCUCCAUGCCUGCGGACGAGGCCUCCAGAGAAAGAUACCUUCCUGAGGGUUACCACCCCUCUGGCCCCCACCCCAGCCACAUGAGGCCCUACACCCCCAGGGAGUCUUACAACCGGCCCCAGCCCACUCCCAGUCUGGACUACUUGCACCGCCGACGCCAGGAGAUCAUGGCCCAGCUGGAAGACGGGAAGCAGGUCACUCCCCCACCCUUCGCCCCCUCGCCUACUCUGCCACACCACUACGAGUCCAACUACACACAGGAGCAACAGCAGUACUUGGAAAACUCACAAGCGUUUUCAAAGUACCGCGAGCCAGACUACGCUAGCCAGUACUCUCCUUGGUCAUGUGACACUAUCGGCUCCUACAUUGGCAGCAAGGAGGGGAAGUCCAGAGACAGUAUGGAGAGGAUGAACGCUGAGGGGAAAGGUGUGGAAGGCAGGCGCAGGGCUGCCGAGGCCAGAGAUGACGACCCUAUCAUCCCCUUCGGCUCUCUGCCCACCGUGUCACGCUUCGGGGUGAUCUCCCGCACCCCCAAGACGGGCUACUUGACUGCCGGGCCAGGGCAGGCCAUGACCCUCUCACAGGGGACCAAUGGCCCCAAACACGGCGCUGCAACAGGGUGGGGUGCUGCCGGGUACAGCCAGCCCCCUCAGGCCCACCUCAGUGAACGGCCAGUCAAGGAGAGGGAGCAGCUGACGAUGGAGCUCCAGCAGGUCAAUCAGCAGAUCAACAAGCAGACUGCCCAGGCGGACCAUCCCAGCCCGGAGGAGUGGUCGUCAGGGAGCGUCUCCAGCCAACAGCUGAGCCUGGAGCUCCACCAUGUGGAGAGGGAGAUCGGCAAGAGGACCCGCCAGAUAGCCCUGGAGCACCUUGUGAGUCAUGAUGGGAGUGGGGCGUAUAAGCUGAAGCCCACUGAGAACGGGCAGAGAGCAGAGCACUCGUUGGUCCUCAGUGAGGGCUGUAACGGUCCCAGUGGUGUGCUGCAGGACGGCAGUGUGUCCAGCGGUGGUUUGUCCUGCCUUACCAGCAAGACCUCGUCCCUCAGCCUGUCUGCAGACCCCAUCGCUGGGGGCACUGACCGAAAGACCAACGGCGUGGUCCACCUGUGCUCCUAGCCACACAACUGGAGUCUGGUAUUACCACCACAGCUACAACUAACCGAUCAGUCAACCACAUAGAGCCUUGGGAAACCCCUCGUCCUCUGAACGUUAGAACCGUUCCACUGUCAUUGAGACACACAGGUCUCAAUGACAGUGGUCCUCCAAACUGUCUGGUAUCCAAACUCUCUCUACACACAGGUCCUCCAAACUGUCUGGUAUACCCUACCUACAUCCACAUUUGCAAAAUCUGAUUGACGCCACUAAGACAAUUUUAACUUGAUUACAAAAUGUGUAGAGAGAGGCGCCACCUCUCUCCUUGCUUAAAAUGGCAAGAGACCGUUCUAGGUUUCUUACAAAGAGGGAUUUGUGAUAGAAGGGCUAGGAGUAUCUAAGUAACUGAAAAAGCCACUGAUUUGCAAAUGUGGAUGUGGUGCCAUCAUAGACAACGGCGCUUCAUUUGAGACAACACAAAUUUGCACACUUGCAACUUUAGUCUGUCUACAACUAAGCAGUAUCUGCCCUGAAUUGAAUAUUUUUUCAUUUUAUUUUUUUUUGUUCUGUGAAUGAAUGUUUUUUUCAUAAAAUCUCACCCUGCCUUGGAAACCAGAUGUUUAGAUUUAUGCUCCAUGAACUCAAACCCAUUAAUGAUUAGAAGAAUAAUAUAACGAUGAGACCAGUUCCUUGGUUUCAAAUAGAUAAGGCCACCAUAAUCGCAUUGACAUUAAUUACAUCUGUUGUUAGCUUCACAAUGUGCAAUUUUUUUAUUUUUUUUGUAGCAUCGCUACAGCAAUAUUUGUGCUUAGCAUAUAUGCAUGUCCUGAAAUGCGGAAUUUGUGUUUGGAAUUAAUUGUAAGUUCUUGUUUCUAAGCUGCAAUGCUAUUCGCCGACCAUUUUUUUUUUUUUUUUUUUUGCGUUUCGUUAAGUUUGACUCUUGGUUCUCUGAAGGAGGACAUUUACAUCUUAUCAAAAUAUCUCCAUCGCAUAGAAACAAUACUUGUUGGCAAACGGCUGUGAAUAAGUUUGCCCAUAUCCAAGAUAAUACAAAUUGAAGAUGACACUGGCCUCUUGAAGGCAGAGAACACCUUUCAACUGGGCAGUUUUGAGAUUUAGAUGAAACUAUCAGAUACAUUUUAACAAGAAGCAAAGGCUCCCUUGUGUCCACUUCAGUGGCCUGACCCUCUUUUUGCAUCUCCCCUCACCACUACCACCACCUUCAGGAUAUUUACUUCAGCCUCUACCAUCCAUGCUUUGGUAUGGGGCUGAUGAGGAAAAGGAUAUAUACAUUUAGGCUUGGCAUUCAAGCUGUCGUCUUUUGGGUGUAAUUUAAAUUCAGUGAUGGACUAGGUGGGAGGGAAUCAAAACAUGGAUCAAGCAUACGUCUGCCUGUUGAUGGGGUGGUCAGAGGUACUGGGUAUAUGGAGUAAAGGAAACAUGAACGAAGCCAGACAUGACCCAUGGCUGGAAUUUGAGACCUUGAUCUACCAAACAUAUUUGCACUUUCAUAGCUUUAAGGAUGGUUUGUACUGAGUAUAUGUAUUUAUUAAAUGUACAGUAUUUGCAUCCUGAGGAUGGAUAUAACAUUAAAAGGUCAAACUUAAAACCACAUUCUGUUUUAAGAACGUGUAGUUCAAGAUGGCCAUGGUUGCUCCCUAAGGUCCUAAUAGUGUUGGCCAUGUUGUACAGAGCAGGGUUCAAACAGCCACUCUGUUUUUAUACAUCAAUCUACUGUAAAAUUAUUUUAUUUUUUUCUGUAGAGUUACGACAUGUUCACUUCCACAAUUGUGACACCCGGUAUGCUGUCAACAUACCCGUAACACCGCAAAUUACAGGAAAGGUGAAAUUCCUUUUUCAGUUCCGUCUCCACUCCUCUGAGCACCUUUUUCACCAAUCGCAGCAGACAUUUGUCUCGUUUUAAUUUAUUUUAACUUCCAAGAAGUUGCUCUAGUAAAAGGGGUUGUGAUGCGUUCCUGGAGAAGGCUUUAAUCAUUUGUAGAUGGGGGUCGAUGCAUAGGAGGUGACAGGCCACUGAACUGGGCUAAGGCAGAACUACAGUUAGCAAAGCAGUUAGCAUCACUGGAGACAACCACAGCACCACCACACAGGGUGAGAGGAGACUAGGAAAGGCAUUUUGACGACACCAAAUAAGUGCUUUUUCCCAAAUAUGAACAAAUUAAGUGCUGCAGUUGCAUUAUCUGCAUUACUUUUACAUUUUUUACGUGCUUAAAUUAUCGCCACCCCUCACACAGAUGCAAUUUGUUAUUCUCAGAUGCAUGCGAACUAUGAAAUUAAGUACUACAAGCUUACUUUCCUUCUUGGUAAGAUUAAUUCGCAGAAUGUAUUCAAAGGUGUCAUAUUGUGAAAUGGUGGCUGGGAUAUUCCAUUUGAAUUCAAAAUAUAUCCAACAACUGGAUUAGUCAAACUUGUUUUAAAUCUAGUCUUUGUCUUUAUGGAAAUAUGUUAUACGUGUGUUUUUUAGUUAUCUCACUUUUUUGUUUUUCUCACUGAUCUCAUCUCACUUUUUGAGAUUUUAUUUCAAAUAUGAAAUGGCUUACACUGUAUAUGUAUGGACUAUAUACACAUUAUACUGUACUGUAUUUGUACAGUAUAUGCACAUUAUACUGUAUGUGUAUAUACACAUUAUACUGUGUGUAUAUACACAUUAUACUGUGUGUAUAUACACAUUAUACUGUAUGUGUAUAUACACAUUAUACUGUAUUUUCAAAGCCAGACAAUGACACUGACUUAAGUCAAUUCGUCUCCUAUAGAAGUUCUCUGCCUUCUGUGCACAUGACAUUGAAAUGUCCAUUAGUCCUCAAAAGUUGCUGACUUUUUUGGAGUUCUCCCCAGUUUGUCCCAAUGCUUUGUCUGCACUCAUGUCAGAGCAUUGGAUAGCAAUCUAGCAAUAUUAUGGAAAAUGACUGUUAACAAGAGGACAAUGUAGGCUAAUCAAUGCAGUUUGCGUUACUCUUCAUGCUAAUCAUAACCAAUGGUCCUUCAACCCUCCUUAUUAACCAUGACAGAGUUAAGGACAUGAGGACACAGUCCCUUAAUUGGCAUAGCAUCAUGCAUGUUUGUGAUUACAGAAGUUAUCUCGCUUUAGUCACCUCUGUAUCAUGUAGUGGGAAAUGAAUUGCGUUGUAGUGUAGCCAUCGUGGUGGCUAAAUGAUGGUGGUUGUUUGUAGUAGUUUUAGAGCACUUCAUAGGAAAAUAAAAUGUAUCAUUGUGCAAAAGCACCUGUAGUUCUGGGGCUGAACAGAACUGCAGUCAACUAUGCUGUGUGCAUACAUAGCCCAAAAAUAUUUUGGUCUGGGGAAGUGACGACCAUUGGUGUUAUCAUAAGGUCACAUGACUUGCUUUCCAUACGGAAAUAACUCCCAUAUAUGAUAUAUUUGUUUGAUCUCUGUGGCUUUGACAGCCCUGACUUUCUGCCAGGAACUUCAUGUUGGUUAUCUGAAGAGCAGUGUUGUUCCAGAGGUCAAAUGACUAUCAAUACAUCUGUCAAACCAUAUGGUAAAAUCAACUACAACAAUUGCAUUUGGGACUGAACUUCAGGUAAUGCUUACGGUUCAGUUUCAGAUAGCUCUAUGUAUUUGGACGAAUGUUCCUCCAUCAGUGUCAUCAAUACAACAUGUCUGAGCCUUUUAUAAGGAGACAUGUUCCUCCAUAAGUGUCAUCAAUACAACAUAUCUCCCUAUAAAAGGCUCAGUCUGCCUUUCCGAAUGUGGGUUAAUAAUGCACACUUUUGUCUUGAAGGUAUGCAGACCUUUUUACAGAGAAAAUUGAAGUCCUCAGGACUUGGUUGAGAGUCGUCGGGGUGUUAGCAGCUAGGCCAGGGAUGCUAAUUUACCAAUUUAGUGAGAUGGGUCAACAUACAGAUUUACUGUGACUUGACUCGGUGUUGAGGAAUUGGGAUGUCUGAGAUUAGACCAAUGUACACUACCGUUCAAAAGUUUGGGGUCACCUAAAUGUCCUUGUUUUUGAAAGAUAAACACUUUUUCCCCCCAUUAAAAUAACUUCAAAUUGAUCAGAAAUACAGUGUAGACAUUGUUAAAUGUUGAAAAUGACUAUUGUAGCUUGAAACAGCAGAUUUUUUUAUGGAAUAUCUACAUAG